GUGUACAACAAGUGAAAGUGUCCCAAAAGUGCCGCAAAAAAUUGAAAAAAUAAUUGUAUAAUAAUUAUAUUCGAUCUCAAAUCGCGUUGCCUGUGCGGCCUAACUUCCUCCAGAGUUGGUUUCAAUCGAAUUAGCCAGGAUGCCGAGCUCAAGACGUGCCAUUCUGAAGCACAUAUUGUCGGGUCUGUGCACCAAAAUGAAUCGAACCAAGUCGGUGCCCACUGACGUCAUGGAGACGCCGCUCAACCGAUGCCUCAACACCUUCGACAUCGCCUUACUGGGCAUUGGCCAUAUGGUUGGCGCUGGCAUCUACGUGCUGACCGGCACCGUGGCGAAGGAGAUGGCUGGACCCGGCAUCAUCCUGUCCUUCGUCCUGGCUGGCUUCAUCUCUAUGCUAGCUGCUCUCUGCUAUGCGGAGUUUGGGACACGAGUGCCCAAGGCGGGAUCCGCCUAUGUGUACACGUACAUCUCGAUGGGCGAGUUCUGGGCCUUUGUCAUCGGCUGGAACAUCCUUCUGGAGCACAUGCUCGGCGCUGCCUCGGUGGCCCGGGCCUGGAGUGGCUACGUCGACUCUAUGCUGGGCGGUUGGAUUGGCAACACAACGCUGGCUCUAACAGGAGGCAUCCAUGAGCCAGGACUAGCUCAAUAUCCGGAUAUCCUGGCCUUCCUAGUUUGCAUCGUCUACGCGGCAGCCCUGGCCGGAGGAGUCAAGGCCACGGCAGUGUUUAACAGCCUACUAACCCUGGUUAACAUAGCCGUCAUGGUGCUGGUCAUCAGCGUGGGCUUUUGGUAUGCGGACACCAAUAACUGGUCGGAGGCGGAGGGCGGCUUCCUGCCCUACGGCAUCGGUGGAGUCAUCGCGGGAGCAGCCACCUGCUUCUACGCCUUCGUGGGAUUCGAUUCCAUUGCCACCUCCGGGGAGGAGGCCAAGAACCCCUCCGUCUCCAUACCCAUUGCCACUGUGCUCUCACUGUUCGUGGUUACCGUGGGCUACAUCCUCGUGAGCGCCGCCCUCACCCUCAUGAUCCCCAUCAGUGAGAUCAAUCCGGCCGCCUCGCUGCCGGAGGCCUUUGGUCAGCUGAAUCUCUCCUGGGCCAAGUACUUGAUCUCCAUUGGAGCGUUGUGUGGGAUGACCACCACUCUGCUGGGCUCCCUGUUUGCCCUGCCACGCUGCAUGUACGCCAUGGCCUCCGAUGGACUGCUCUUCAGCUGCUUCGGCAAGGUUAACUCCACCACCCAGGUUCCGCUGCUUAAUUUGGUGGUCUCCGGGGUCCUGAGCGCCUGCCUCGCCCUGGUCUUCGACCUGGCCAAGCUGGUGGAGUUCAUGUCAAUUGGAACCUUGCUGGCCUACACCAUUGUCUCGGCCAGUGUGAUCAUCCUGCGGUACCGGCCCAUGGAGCGGAUCCACACAACCAUUCGGGUGCCAGCUUUGCCGAGCAGUCCCGACGACGACGACGACGAUGACGAGGAGGUGGCUUCGCAGUCCAGCAUGGAUACGUCAUCGCCCACCAGCGAGAUGAUCGAGGAGGUGCUAGCCGGCAGGCUGAAGAGCCAAUUCCGGUGCCUGGAGCCACUGCUGGGUCGCUUCGAACCGGGAUCCGUGGUGUCUGUGGCCGUGAUCCUCUUCAUCCUCCUGAGCUUCGCCAUCUGUGUGGAGCUGAAGGUGUCAUGGACGCAGCUGUAUACUGGCACCUGGUGGGCCCUGAUCAUCUACGGCUUCAUCAUCUUCGCCGCCAGCACCUGUGUGGCCGUGAUGGCGGUGCACAACCAGAACACCAGGGGUCUAGUCUUUAAGGUGCCUCUGGUUCCCUUUGUACCGGCCCUUGGAAUCUUCUGCAACAUCCUCCUGAUGGUCCACCUGGAUGCCGUCACCUGGGUAAGAUUCUUUGUCUGGGUGUGCAUCGGCAUGGUGGUGUACUUCCUCUAUGGCAUCCGGAACAGCAAGGAGGGAGAGAUGUGCUCUUCGUACUCUAUCCUCAUGACCACUUCGGAGGCCGGCAAGGUGCCGUGGGGAUCCUUCAAGGGAUCGGGUCAAGGCAAGGUCAAAAGUGGCGGCAAGCACAGCAUCUUUGAGAGAUUUACAGGCCGGAGCAAGGCGGACGACAAGAAGUCCAUUGUGGAGGAGAGCGAAAACGAAGCUUCUGGAUAUUCCUAAGUCAAUUCUAUCGAAAUGAAUUCUGUAGCCUUGAUUUAUUUAUUUGAAAAUCUUUUCGGAAAAAGUUUAUUUAGUUACCAGGCUCUGAUCAGAAAUUUAAUCUGAAACAAAUAUUGAUAAAUACAGUUUGUUUGGAAUACAUCAAAAUCUAUUUAAUCAAAAUCUUGAAUGUAAAUAGCUAAAUUUUAAUUAUAUUGUAUUUUUUUGUUUGGAACAAAGUUCUGUUUGAUAUUUUGUAAAACAUCAAGAAAUAACAAUAAUGAGGUACAAAUUCACACUUAUAACUAAUAUCUCAAUGUCUCACUAUAAGAAAUUAUCCAAUUUCAUUAAAAGUUUCUGUUCUGCUAAUUCAGAAAUUAUUAUAGGCUGCGGUUUGAAUACCUGCAACAAAUGUAUGUAUCUAAUCUUCUAAUUCUUUGCAUUCCUAAGAAACCCAACGUUGAACGAGACAUAUGGCUUACACUUAUGAUCGAGGAAAAUCUUGGUAACUAUUAUAACGGUGUACCUUUACCACAAAACAUAGUAUCGCUGUCUACUGAGUGUUAUUCCAAAACAAUACUGCAAAAAAUCGUAUUGCAUAUAUACAAAAAAAAAAAACAUAUUUACUUUGCAAAAACGUACAAAUAUAUUUAUUAAACGUUAUGCACACACGGCAUUUGUUAAACAAUAGUACAUGU